GUGUGUGUUUACCGCCAAAAUUCAAGUUAGACGACAGUCUUUUGGUUUGAUAUAAACAUUGGGCUGUUGCUUUGCUCGCCGCAUUUUUCUUUUAACUGACUUGUCGCUGAAACGGAUAUUUUCUGUGGCGUUUGUUUCGGCAAGACAAGAUAAGUAACGAUGUACAUUAAAUCAAUAAUUAUCGAAGGAUUUAAAUCUUACGCACAGAGGACAGAAAUUAACGGCUUCGACCCGCUAUUCAAUGCCAUCACGGGACUGAACGGCAGUGGCAAGUCCAACAUCUUGGACUCGAUAUGUUUCCUUUUGGGGAUUUCCAACCUCUCACACGUUCGAGCUUCAAACCUUCAGGACUUGGUUUACAAGAACGGCCAGGGUGGCAUCACCAAGGCCACUGUGUCUAUUACUUUUGACAACUCCAAUAAGAGCCAGAGCCCUCUGGGGUUUGAAACCCACGAUGAGAUCACUGUAACCAGACAGGUUGUCAUAGGAGGCAGGAACAAAUAUCUGAUCAAUGGGGUCAAUGCCAACAACACCAGGGUGCAGGACUUGUUCUGCUCUGUUGGCCUCAACGUUAACAACCCUCAUUUCCUCAUCAUGCAGGGAAGAAUAACCAAGGUUUUGAAUAUGAAACCACCAGAGAUUCUUGCUAUGAUUGAGGAGGCAGCAGGCACCAGAAUGUACGAAUGUAAAAAGAUCAGUGCACAGAGAACAAUUGAGAAGAAAGAGGCCAAGCUGAGAGAGAUUCAGACUAUUUUGGAUGAAGAGAUUACUCCAACUAUGCAAAAGCUGCAAGAGGAAAGAUCCUCCUAUUUGGAGUACCAGAAGCUGAUGCGUGAGAUCCAGCACUUGUCACGACUUUAUGUGGCCUGGCUGUUUGUGUGUGCCGAGGAGACUAAAGUCAAGUCGGCUGAAAAUCUGAAGGUGAUGCAAGGCAACAUUGUCAAGAUGCAGGCCAAAGUUUCAGAGAAUGAGAGCAAAAUCCAGGAGCUUUCUGCUCAGAUUCAAGAGCUUCAGAAGAAAAAUGACCAGGAGGUAAACGGAGAAUUAAAAACCUUGGAGAUGUCUCUUGCAAGUGUGCAGCGUGAGGAUGCCAAAGCUCAGAGCAGUCUCGACUUAAAAAAGCAGAAUCUGAAAGAUGAAACCAAAAAGAGGAAAGAGCUCGUGAAGAGCAUGGAGGAGGACAAGAAAGUGCUCGUGGUGAAGGAAAAAGAAGUGAGCAAGUUGUCCGAACAGCUUCAGGCACUGCAGGUGGAAGGACAGAAAAACACAGCUGAACUUGAGGCAGCUGAGCAGCAUUUCAAAGCUGUGUCGGCGGGUCUUUCUACCAACGAGGACGGCGAGGAAGCCACUUUAGCUGGGCAGAUGAUGGCCUGCAAGAACGAGAUGAGCAAAGCAGACACAGAGGCCAAGCAGGCCCAAAUGACCCUGAAGCAUGCCCAGGCAGAGCUGAAGACCAAACAAGCGGAGAUGAAGAAGAUGGACAGCGGCUACAAGAAAGAUCAGGACACCUUUAAGGCCGUCAAAAGCAGCCGAGAGAAACUGGAGGCGGAGCUGGCCAAACUCAACUAUGAAGAUGGAAAAGAAGAAAGCCUGAUGGAAAAACGAAGACAGCUUUCCAGAGAAGUCGCUCAACUUAAGGAGACCUUUGACCGACUCAUGUCUCGUUUUCCCAGCCUGCGCUUUGAAUACAAAGAUCCGGAGAGAGGCUGGGACCGAAGCAAAGUGAAGGGCCUUCUAGCUAAUCUCAUAAGUGUCAGUGAUGUUUCCUAUGCCACGGCACUGGAGGUAGUUGCAGGUGGACGGCUCUACAACAUUGUUGUAGACACAGAGGUGACUGGUAAGAAGCUGCUGGAGAAAGGAGAGCUACAGCGCAGGUACACCAUCAUUCCUCUCAACAAGAUAUCUGCCAAAACUCUCAACGACAAAGUGAUCCACACCGCGAAGCGCCUGGUCGGGGAGGACAACGUUCACACAGCUCUGUCCCUGGUGGGAUACGAGUCUGACCUUCGUAAAGCCAUGGAGUAUGUGUUCGGCUCCACGCUGGUCUGUGACACUUUGGACAACGCAAAGAAAGUGGCGUUUGACAAACAGGUGAUGACCAAGACUGUUACGCUUGGGGGAGACAUCUUUGACCCGCAGGGAACUUUGAGUGGAGGCGCUCGCUCGCAGUCGGCAUCGAUUUUGUCGAGCCUGCAGGAAGUAAAAGAUGUUCAGGACAGCCUGAGCGAUAAGGAGGCCAAACUUCAGGAUACUGAGCGACAGAUGUCCAGUCUGAAGGGAACCGCUGAGAAGUAUCGGCAGCUGAAGCAGCAGCACGAGCUGAAGGUGGAGGAGGAGCAGAUCCUGCAGACCAAGCUGCAGCAGAGCUCCUUCCAUCAGCAGCAGGAGGAGCUGGAGAGGCUGCAGAAAGCCAUCGACGAGAGUGAGGCCACUUUGCGCCUCACCAAGGAGCUGCAGAAGCGAGCCGAGGAGAAGUACAAGGUGCUGGAAAACAAAAUGAAGAAUGCCGAGGCUGAGAGGGAGAAGGAGUUGAAGGCUGCCCAGGAGAAACUCAACAAAGCAAAAGCAAAAGCAGACGCCUUCAACAAGACUUUAAAGCAGAAGCAGCAGGAGUCUGAAGCUGUGGCCUUGGAGCUGGAGGAGCUCCGGAGGGAGCAGGCCACCUACGAGCAGCAGAUUCAGGCCGUCGACGAGGCCAUGAAGGCCUUUCAGGAACAAAUAGACAGCAUGGCCUGCACCGUGACCCAGAACAAGGAGGCAGUGCGGAAAGCCCAGGAGGAGCUGACCAAACUCAAAGAAGUGAUCAUGGCACAGGACAAGGAGAUCAAGGGAAAAAACUCGGAGGCCAAUAAGAUAAGAGAGCAGAACAAUGAGGUUCAGCUGAAGAUCAAGGAGCAGGAACACAACAUUAGUAAACAUCAUAAAGACAGCCAGGACGCUGCUGACAAGGUGGCUCGGAUGCUGGAAGAACACGACUGGAUCCAGUCGGAGCGCCAUUUCUUCGGCCAGCCGAACUCCUCCUACGACUUUAAAGUCAACAACCCCCGUGAGGCGGGCCAGCGGCUGAAGAAGCUGGAAGAAACCACUUCCAAGCUGGAGAGGAACGUCAACAAGAGAGCCAUGAACAUGCUGAACGAGGCAGAGGAAAGGUACAAUGACCUGAUGAAGAAAAAGAGAAUUGUGGAGAAUGACAAAGCAAAAAUCUUGCAGACCAUUGAGGAAUUGGACCAGAAGAAGAACGAAGCUCUUAACUUGGCUUGGCAGAAGGUAAACAAAGAUUUUGGCUCCAUUUUCUCCACUCUGCUCCCAGGAGCUACAGCAAAGCUGGCGCCUCAGCAGGGCUGCGGCGUCCUGGAUGGUCUGGAGUUCAAGGUCGCCCUAGGUGACACCUGGAAGGAAAACCUGACUGAGCUGAGUGGUGGACAAAGGUCACUGGUAGCUUUGUCUCUCAUCUUGGCCAUGCUGCUUUUCAAGCCCGCUCCCAUCUACAUCCUGGACGAGGUGGAUGCGGCUCUGGAUCUGUCGCACACGCAAAACAUCGGACAGAUGCUGCGCACGCAUUUCAGACGCUCCCAGUUCGUGGUCGUGUCCCUCAAAGACGGCAUGUUCACAAACGCCAACGUCCUGUUUAAGACCAAGUUUGUGGACGGCAUGUCCACGGUGACGCGGACGGCGCUCAGCCAGAGUGACGCCAACGUCUCCCACAAAGGCCAGGAUAAAGCUCGCCAGAAAGACAAGAGGAACAAGCAGCUCAGCGCACUUUGAUUUCCUAAAACCAUAUCAGAAACAUAGCUUGUUUUUAAGUCGUGCUCAAAUUUCCUGCAUGGUGACUCCCGUUCUGGUUUCAUCCACUUACAUGUUUUAAGUUUAUAUCUGUCCUGUCUUCUGGAUCUUUGCUAUUUUAUAUGCAGCCAUAUGUCGUUUUUUGUAAAUAAAGGUGCUGAAUUGCA